AUGUCACAACUUCCUCCUCAGAGGGCAACUGGGGUGACCAUCAACAAGCCAACUGGUGCCCCUCGACCUGUUGCUGCAUCGGCCCCUCCAGGGAACGGAAAGAAGAAGGCCACAGAGCCUAUUCUUGAGUCAUCGGACGAGAACAAUACUAAUUUUACGCUUUUAGAUAGCCUGCCUAUUCCCUUUCACCUCUUCGAUGGGGACGACAUGCUUGCAGAACGUGCCUUCGACUUGUACACCAAGUCAACGAGCAAGAAAAAGUCUCACAGGUGCCAGUUUGGGGAGGGCUGCAGCAAUCAACCCGCGAAGAAGCCUCGAACAGACGACCCCCCUGCGUCUACUCCAACAAAGGAGACAACUCCUCCACCAGCUCCUACCAGGAAGUUGACUCCUCCAACUUUAACAAACCCAGAUCCUUCGUCUCCAGUUGGACAGACUCCUCCUCCGGCUCCAGUCGACCCUAUGCCUCCAACAUCCACCAUCCAGUAG